AUCGAAGAAGGCAAACAUUUUUUUGGCCUUUUCAGACAAAGAAGGGACCACAAGGACCAGAUUUGAGAAUCUUCAACAAUCUCAAGUUGCUUUCGUCCUUUACAGCAAUGUCUAAUGAUCCACCUUUUAAGAUUUGUAUACAUUUUGACAGUCCAUUUGAUACAAAUCAUUCUCGUUACACUGGUGGGGAAACAUAUGAUCUUCCUGUUUGGGAUAUUGACAAGCUUUGUUAUUGGGAUAUUGUAGACAAGCUUGGAGAAUUAGGUUAUGGGUCAUUCAAGGCACUAUAUUACAGAAUUUUUAAUUUGUCCUUGGCUGAGUCUAUGGUACAAGGGUUUCAUUCUCUAAAUGGCGAUGCUGAAAUAAUUGAGAUAGCUGAAAUAUUAAUCCAAUCAACCGUGUGCCAUGUUUUUGUUGAGCAUUAUCUUGCUGCUAUUGAUGGAGACUUGGUUGUUAGAAAUGCCAAGCUUUCUCGUAGAGAUGGUACUAGAAAUACAAUGCUAGAUGAUAAUGCAUUAGGUAGUGAUGCUGAUGAUGAAGAAUUGUUGGUUGGGAUUAGUAAACAUGCUGUGAUGAUGGGUGUAAAUGAGGGUCCUAGCAAUUUGAAUGUAAUACAAAGAAAAGAUAAAGGGAAGCAAAAGGUGGCGAAGGAAAAUCAUAAAGCAAAGAAUAGAGUUGUAGGAUCAACAUCUACUUCUAAAGGCAUUAGAAUCAGUGAACUUAACAGUGUUGAUGAAAAUGGCCUUCGACUAGUUGACAACUCAAACUUUGAAGAUGAUGAGACCAAUAGUUCAUGUAGUAGCAGUACCUAUAUUGACAGUUCAGACCUUGGUAGGUUCUACAGUGAUAGCUCCAUUGAAGACCCUAAUGCCAAGGAUGAUGCUUUAAGGAGACCAUCUAGUAGCUUGCAUUAUGACCCAAACUUUGAUUCUCCACAUUUUGAGGUUGGAAUGGUGUUUGAAAAUGCAGUGCAAUUUAAGGCAGCCAUUGCUAAGUACUCAAUUAAGAAGGGAUGCAAACUGCACUGGAAAAAGAAUGAGCCAGGGAGGCAAAGGAUUGCAUGUGAUGUGAAAAAUGGUUGUUCAUGGGAAAUUUUUGCUAGUUUCGACAAUUCAGAUGAUACAUUCAAGGUGAAAACUUAUAAAGGAAAACAUUCAUGUUUUAAAUCAAACAAAAACAAAAUGGCAACCGAGAGCUUCUUGGUCGAUGCAUUGAGAACACUUGUUACUAACUCCCCCCAUAUGAACAGUAGGCAACUUGCUGAACAUGUGAAAGCAGAAUUGAAGGUAGAGGUUUCAAAGUAUAAAUGUCAAAGAGCUAAAAGAUUUAUUAAGAAUGAGUUAGUAGGUUGUUAUAUCGAGCAAUACAAGCUUCUUAGACGUUAUGGGGAACAUAUGCUGGUUACUAAUCCUGGCUCCACAUGUGUUAUUGGAACAGACACUGAUGGCUCAACAUUGUACCAAUUUAAAAGGAUGUAUAUGUGUUUUGAUGGAUGUAAGAGGGGAUGGAAAGCUGGCUGCAGACGCAUUAUUGGUGUAGAUGGUUGUUUCUUGAAAGGAGUUUGUAAAGGCAUAUUAUUAACAACUGUUGGGAGAGAUGGGAACAAUCAAAUGUUCCCAUUGGCAUGGGCUAUUGUUGACAUAGAAAAUAGGGAAAACUGGGAGUGGUUCAUGGAUUUGUUGAGGAUAGACAUUGAAUGUGGAGAUGGAGUAGGUUUAACAAUUAUUUCAGACAUGCACAAGGGCAUUAUAGCGGCAAGGGAAUCGGUUUUUCCAAAUGCACGCCAUCGAUUUUGUGCACGACACAUAUAUGCUAAUUGGGCUAAAAUUUAUAAAGGUGAAGAAUAUAAAAAGAGGUUCUGGGCUAUAGCAAGAGCUACAUGGCAAGCUGAAUUUGAGUACCAAGUGCAGGAGCUGAAAAAAUUGUCAGAGCAAGCAUGGUUAGAUUUAGCAAGAAUCCCUCCAAUGUACUGGUGUAAGGCUUUUUUUUAUGAGGAUACCUGCUGUGAUGUCGUGGACAAUGACAUGUGUGAGUCUUUUAAUUUUUGGAUUAUGGAAGCAAGGUACAAAGCCAUUAUUAGUUUAGUUGACACUAUGAGGGAACAAUUGAUGGAAAGGAUUGCCGAGAAGAUGUCAUCCUCUCAUAAAUGGAAAGGGGACAUUGCUCCAAGGGUGAAGACAAAGUUAGGGAAGAAUAAGAAUGAAUCCUUUGAAUGCAGAUUGCUUUGGGAUGGAACCUUUGGAUUUGAACUGAACGGAAUUCCUUGCCCACAUGCUAUUUGCUGCAUGUUUCAUGAGAAUCUAGAUCCUGAAGAUUUUGUGGUUGACUGGUAUAGGAAGGGUAAAUAUCUACAAUCAUAUAAUUUUCCUAUUAAGGCCAUGUGUGGUGAUAAAUCUUGGCAAAAAUUCCAUGGAGAUCCUGUUAAUCCUCCUGCAAUGACAACUAGACCUGAAAGGCUUAAGAAAAAUAGGAGAAAAGCAAAAGAUGAGCCAAAAAAACUGUCCAACUCUAAAAUGUCUAGGAGAGGAAGGAUUAUGACUUGCUUUUAUUAUAAACAAGAAGGACAUAACAAAUCAGGAUGCUCGUUUGUAACCAAUAAUGAGACCCCUGCAGCCAUUGCAUCCUCAAGUCAAACAAGAAAAAAGCGACCAUCUGCUGCAUACCAUAGGAAGAAAUCAAUUGGUAGGGAACAAAAGAGAAGGAAUGAUGUGGGAUCAGCAGUUGUAACCCUGAACAUCUCGCAAUCAUCUAUGGUUAAUUCAAUUAACAGUACCCCUAUAACAGAUGUUGCUGCUUUAAAUCUACCAUUACCAACACCAACAACACAGUCAUCUCAAAUCAAGAACAAAGGUAAGGCCAAGGUCACCACUGUUGGAAAGCAAAAAGGAAAGAAAAAGGAAAAAGGGUUUGGCAUUUUCAGAAAUGAUGUUACUGGUGAAAUUAUAUUGGAUCUUGGAAAGCCUACUGAGUGGAGAAUUAGAGAGGAUACAAGUGCAACUGCAAUUGUCCCAAGGGUUUCUCAUGAAGCAGUUUCUACUAAUGCAAUGCAAUUCCAGCAACAACUUCAGGUGCAGCCCAAUUUGGAGACUCAAGAAACAUUUUUGUUGUUCCUCCUUCAGGAGAUGACAUGAGUCUAAGCAAGGAAGACAACUUUUGGAUUGCCUUUUAAGUAGAAAUUUACUAUAAUUAUAAAUGUUAUGUAUAUUUUUUGGUUACCAAGGCAGUAUACUAAGCCAUUAUUAGUCACUGUAGAUGCUGGCUCAAAACUUGUAUUUUUUUUGGUUGCCAAAGCAGUAGACUUUGGAAUUUAGUUACUGUAGAUGCUGGCUAGAAACUUGUAAUUUUUUUGUUACUAAAGCAGUAGACUUUGGAAUUCAGUUAUUGUAGAUGCUGGCUAAAAGCUUGUUUUUUUUUUUUGGUUACCAGCAAUAGACUUUGGAAUUCAGU